UAUCAGACUCGGAGAUAUUUGCUCAGGCGAUGCAAGAGGGCGCUUAACCGAAAAUUUAACCGGUAUAAACCAGACCUAAACCUACAAUACGGGAAUUUUGAUUUUAUUUGACUGGAAAAGUUAGUGUUUUUGUCGACAAUGGAGGAGCUUUGAUGCGUUUUGAUGCUCGAUUUUGCGUCUCUAGAUGAUAAACCUCACGAGACACCGAGUCACGAAUCUCGUGACCGGUGAGGUUACGCUAGAGGCGGUGUUGUUCACGCGCCGUCGCUAUUCUGCUCAGUCUCCCAACAAGUUCACAUUCCCGCCUCUUCUCAAAUCAUGCGCGAAGCUCGGUGACGUUAUCCAAGGUCGAACUUUGCACGCCCAUAUCAUCAAGACUGGGUUUUUCGUCGAUUAUUUUACGGCGACAGCUCUCGUGAGUAUGUACAUGAAGGUGAAGCAGACAACGGAUGCCCUUAAGCUGCUCGACGAAAUGCCUGAGAGGGGUAUUGCUAGUGUUAACGCGGCGGUUUCUGGCCUUAUGGAGAAUGGGUUUACCAGAGAGGCGUUUAGGAUGUUUGGGGAAGCUAGGGUUUCUGGUUCUGGGACGAAUUCGGUUACAGUGGCUAGUGUUUUGGGUGGUUGCGUGGAUAUCGAACGAGGGAUGCAAAUGCACUGUUUGGCGAUGAAAUCAGGUUUUGAGAUGGAUGUUUACGUUGGAACAUCUCUCGUUUCAAUGUAUUCGAGAUGCGGAGAGUGGAUUUUAGCUGCGAAAAUGUUCGAAAAGGUGCCUCAUAAGAGUGUAGUGACUUUCAAUGCGUUUAUUUCGGGAUUGAUGGAGAAUGGAGUUCCGCAUUUGGUCCCUAGUGUCUUUAAUCUCAUGAGGAAGUUUUCAAGUGAAGAACCAAACGCUGUUACUCUCAUUAAUGCAAUAUCUUCCUGCGCUAGUCUCUUGAAUCUCCAGUAUGGAAGGCAAAUUCAUGGCCUUGUCACGAAAAGAGAGUUUCGGUUUGAUACAAUGGUCGGUACAGCUCUCAUUGAUAUGUAUUCGAAAUGUCGCUGUUGGAAAUCAGCAUACGAUGUUUUCACUGAGAUGAAAGAUACCAGGAACUUGAUCGCUUGGAACUCUGCUAUCUCUGGGAUGAUGAUUAAUGGACAACAUGAGGUAGCUGUUGAACUGUUUGAACAGCUGGAUUCCGAGGGGCUUAAACCUGAUUCAGCGACGUGGAAUUCACUGAUCAGUGGCUUUUCACAAUUAGGGAAAGUAUUUGAAGCUUUCAAGUUCUUUCAGAGAAUGCUACUAGUAGUUAUGGUUCCUAGUUUGAAAUGUCUUACUAGCCUUCUAUCGGCUUGUUCGGAUAUUUGGGUUGUGAAGAACGGGAAAGAGAUCCAUGGGCAUGUUAUUAAAGCUACAGCUGAAAGGGAUAUAUUUGUUUGGACGUCUCUCAUCGACAUGUACAUGAAAUGUGGGCUCUCGUUAUCGGCACGCCGGAUCUUUGAUGGGUUUGAACCGAAACCCAAGGAUCCCGUGUUCUGGAACGUUAUGAUAUCUGGCUAUGGUAAACAUGGAGAGUGUGAAUCUGCAAUUGAAAUCUUUGACCUACUACGAGAUGAGAACGUAGAACCGAGUUUAGCAACCUUUACUGCUGUUCUAUCUGCGUGUAGUCACUGUGGCGAUGUCGAGAAGGGAUCUCAAGUAUUUAGGUUGAUACGGGAAGAAUAUGGAUUUAAACCUAGUACAGAGCACAUUGGUUGUAUGGUUGAUCUUUUGGGUCGCUUUGGGAGAUUAAGAGAAGCCAAGGAGGUAAUAGAUCAAAUGCCAGAACCGUCAUCUUCUGUUUACUCUUCUUUGCUCGGUGCGUGUAGGCAACACCUUGAUCCAGUGCUUGGAGAGGAAGUGGCGAUGAAGCUAGCAGAGUUAGAGCCAGAGAAUUCAGCUCCAUUUGUGAUCUUGUCCAGCAUAUAUGCUGCAUUAGAAAGAUGGCAAGAUGUGGAAAGUAUCAGGCAUGUAAUAGAUGAGAAGCAACUGGUAAAACUUCCAGGUAUUAGUUUGUCUGGUUAAGUAUAUGGUCUGGCGAUGCAGAGAGGUUUAGUGUGAGCAAAGAGAGGGCUCUCUUUGGGGAGAAUUGGCGUGCUCUUGAUUUGGAGCCCAUAAAGUAGAUGACACUGAAGGACCUAACCCAACAAAAAAGAAACAGCUCAUUGUGUGGGGUAUUACAAUCGAUUUAAUGUCUGAAUGCAAUAAUCCACACAAUGAUCUCUUUCUCUUUGUUGGGUUUAGCCGUUUAGGUCCUUUAGUUUCUUCUAUACCGCAAAUGCAUUCCUGAAUUGCUUGUAUCACCUGGUUUACGAGCUCGGAAUUGAAAGCUUGGCUACGCUCCUUGUAGAGGCCUAUAUGCCUUCUUAGUUCU